CAUAAACAAACCCAUAUAUACCAAAAGUAUUGCUUUAUUUGCUAGUGAAAAAAAACCUUUUGAAUCAUCCAGGUUUUUCAUUGUUUUUUUCUCUGAUUUUCUUUCAAGGAUUUGUAAUGUCGGGCUGCAAUAGAGAGCCAGUAAAGGUUGUGAUCAUCAACACCCAUUAUGUGGAAACUGAUGCUAUGAGCUUCAAAUCUGUUGUGCAAAAGCUGACUGGUAAAGAUUCAACGGUAGCAGAAGGGAAAGAGAAAGACAGCAAGAUUUUGAAAGAAAGGAUGGAGAGGAUGGAGGCAAAAACUUGGUCCGGCUCCGGUGGUAAUAAGGCGGCUUUGAUGAAGAAUUUAUCGUUCAAGGAGUUUGAUAAAUUGCUUAGAGAGAUGCCACCAAUGUAUGAGCUAUGGGAAUGAUCAGUUCAAAAGUGUAUA